GCGCUCUCGCUCCCAGUCUCCAACAGCGACUAUGAAGCAGCCACCGCGUCUAGUUAACCCAGAGCUAGCUGGGUCUGCUUUUGGUAUGAUGCCACAAGCUAUGACUUAUGGCGCACUACAGUCGACAUCCAGCACGCUUAACGUAAUACCUCAGCGUCGACAGGUGUCUACCAAUUACGACUUCAUUGCUCCUGACGACGAACGUGUGACUGAUCCACUGGAAAGGUGGAAAGGAUGUCCCGUCUUCACAUGGGGACUAGGUGGUACUGUGGUAACCAGCUUCCCGACGCAAAUUCCUCGAUAUGGAGGCGGCGGAUUGGCACCAAUGAUGAAGAGUAGUCCCGGCGAGGUUCGUGUCCAGAGCAUGAAGGAGGUGCUCCCUUUGUCAGACGACAUCACCAAGUUCCCUGGCCCGCUAAAGGCCAAGGGUAAGAAGAAGGACGUGUUGGCGUGGCUGGGCCGCAAAAUUGAGGCGAUGGACGCUCAGUCCAAGGAGCCUGGGCUCGACCUUUCUAUGAAUGAGGAGGAAAUCAAGCGCCUUGAGGACAGAAUUUUCCUAUGGAAGCUAAUGCAGGUUCUUGUUGAACACGAUGGUCGACUAGAGGGCACACCUGCCGAAGUUGCUGUCAAGAAGAUACUAUCGCCUGGCGGGGACGAAGCAGCAGAGGCCGACGGCUCACUCUCGACAAUGGCGGAUAUAGUUGGGCGUUCGCGGUCCAAUACUGGAAACAUUCAGCCAGAACCGUCCGACUCGCGGGCUCUCGAAACCCUGCAAAGCAUGCUUGUUAAAGGUGACCGCGAGAAGGCUGUGUGGCACGCCGUCGACCAGCGACUAUGGGGCCAUGCCAUGCUUUUGUCUUCGACCUUCAACAAAGACAUAUGGAAGCAGGUUGUUCAAGAGUUUGUUCGCAAAGAGGUCAAGAAUGUUGGGCGCAACCACCAGGCAUUGGCUGUGUUGUACGAAGUUUUUGCUGGCAACCACGAGGACUGCAUUGACGAGUUGGUGCCAGCAUCAGCUCGUGCUGGCUUCCAGAUGGUGAGCGCGGAUGGAGCUGGGGCUACGCAAAACGUACAACAAGGCCUGGAUAAGUGGCGCGAGACGAUUGCGCUGAUUCUCAACAACCGCAGCGAAGGCGAUGUGGCGGCACUGUUGUCGCUCGGCAGGCUUCUUGGUCAGUAUGGCCGGGUCGAAGCUGCGCAUGCCUGCUUCAUCUUUGCCCGGUCAGUCAUCAAGAUGGGUGGUGUCGACGACAUUCAGGCUGAUCUCGUGCUCAUCGGCGCCAAUCACCGACAGUUCCCUCUGGAGACGGGUAUUGAUCUCGAGCCGAUUCUUCUAACCGAGGUGUUUGAGUUCGCCAUGUCGCUGUCAUCACCGACAGGUUCGUACAUCCUGCCACAUCUGCAAAAUUACAAGCUGGUACAUGCAUACCAGCUAGCCGAAAAUGGACACAAGACGGAUGCACAGGCAUACUGCGACGCCAUUGCAGCAGCCAUGAAGGCUACAACUCAGAUAUCGCCGUACUACAACCCCGCCUUCAUCGGCAGCCUGGAGGACUUGAGCCAGCGCUUGUCACAGUCUCCCAAGGACGGAUCGUCUUCAUGGAUCUCGAAGCCUAGCAUGGAUAAGGUGGGAAGUUCGCUGCUCUCCAAGUUCAACAGCUUCAUUGCCGGAGAUGACGAAGAUGGUGCGGCCAACAGGCCAGCCGGGAUGGAGUCAGGGCCGUUUGCCAACAUUGCUGGCGGGCCCUCAACUCUUACCCCGUCGCAAUCAGGCACGGAUCUGUAUGGUGCCGUGUCUGGCUACGGCAUGCCUAUGCAGCCAGCACCACCAGCCAACUCAAGAUAUGCACCCUCUAAUGCAUUCGCACAAAGGUCAUCUUCGGAGCAGCAAAGGUCUCGUUAUGAGCCCCAGGGUCGGCCUUCAUUGGAGUCCAAUGACGGCUUCGGUAUGCGAGCGGCGUCUGACUCUUACACGCCCAUGACUCCAACGUCGGGCGUGUAUAGCCCUCCACAGAACCCAUUGAGUCCACCGAGCGGACGCACACAAGCAAAGGCGCUGUCGUACUCGCCACUUCGCCCGGAAUACAGCCCUCGUCAGACGUCUUACAGCAGUACGUACAUGCCUACGCCUCCGGUUGAAGAAUCGCCGUCGGCUUCUGCAUUUGGUGGGUACCAUCCCCAAGCGAGCUUGGACGGGCCAGCUCAGCCAGCAGCGGAAGAGCAAGCGGGCGGAGCGUCGGCAAACACGUUUGAACCUCCGUCGUACCAACCCUACAAUCCCGACGAGGACGACAAGGAGGAAGAAGAGCAGCCCAAGAAGAAGAAGUCCUUCAUGGACGAUGACGAUGAUGAUGACUUGGCGGCGCGUGCCUCUGCGCUGAAGAUCAGCGGCAGCACGAGUUCCAAGUCUGAAGCGGACCGGAAAGCAGACGAGGCCUUUCGCAAAGCAGCUGAGGCGGAUGCUCAACGCGACAAGGAGGCUGCGGCUGCGAAGAAAGGAGGGUGGCUUUCUGGGUGGUUCAAGAAGGACCCCAACGCAGGACCUGGACCUAUCAAGGCCAAGCUGGGAGAGGAGAGCAGCUUCUACUACGAUACUGACCUAAAGAAAUGGGUCAACAAGAAGGCCGGGGCAGCAGAUGCGGCCAAGCCGGCUGCCACACCUCCGCCACCUCGUUCUGGGCCGCCUGGAGGGGCUAGAAGCACUUCAGGCAGCGCUGCAACGUCGCCGUCGCUGCCGAGUGGGCCUCCCGGUGCAGGAUCGUUGCGUGCACCCACAUCGAGCCUCCGCGCCUCGUCGCUCCCACCGCCCAUGCAUGCCAUGGGGUCGCGUGCGUCGACACCAGGCAUCGCGGAGUCUGACGAAGAAGGGCUUGUUGGACCCAAACCGCCCACGCUGCCGCGGCCCAGCUUUGGAGCAGCUUCCGGACCGCCAUCGCGGCCCGGCACGGGUAUGAGCACUGCCAGCAGCAUUGAUGACUUGCUGGGCGCACCGCAGGCAAGGAAGGGCCCAGCAGGCGGGAAGAAGAAGAAGGGUGGACGCUAUGUUGAUGUUAUGGCGGGGAAGUAGAGAGGCAGGCAUAGAUGGGCGGAUGGAUGGAUGGAUGGAUGGAUGGAUGGAUGGAUGGAUGGAUGGAUGGAUGGAUGGAUGAAUGAAUAGAUAGAUGGAG